GUACGCGGCUUUAAAUACAAAAAAUCGAGUUAAAGAUAAAGCUGCAGAAAAUACUGAAAUAGGGCGAGUCAUAAUGACUUCUCUUUUUUCCGAAGGAAACAAGACAUCUUAUGAAAGUUGUCUCAAUGAGAUGAUAAAUCAUCGUGAUAUCCUCGUAUCUGGAUUUCUGAAAUCACAUCAAGAGCUUCUUGGUAUACAAUAUGAGUUGACAAAUCUUAAAAAAGCUGUUAUUGUUCGGCAUAUAGAAAAUAGAAUAUUGAUGAGGCAAAUCAAUGAAAUUACUUCUAAACCAAUGACAAAAUAUUAUGAGAGUUCAGGAAAUAAUCAAGCUGAAAUUUUACAACUAAAAAUAAAUUUGACGAAUGCAAGAUCAAAGAGAGAAAUUGUCCGAAAUGUUUUACAGGGAUUAAUUCUUGAAAGUGGAGUGGAAUGGGCGAACGAUGAACAUUUAUUGAAGCUAAUGCUUGUUAUUGGAGAAGAAAUUUGAAAUUAAACAAUAAUUAUCAUCAGAAUAAAUAUAUUUGAUAUAAAUUUC